AUGGCUAGGCCAAGGCAACAAAGCCAUCAGCAUCUCUCGACACCAGUCGUAGUGCGGACGUCUGCAACGCCAUCGCACACCCGUACUCUUUCUGAAACGACGGCGAAGGAAACCGAGGUGGAAGAGUGCGAAACGCUAAUACCUAAUUUCCGCGACACAGUCACCUCUCCCGAGAUGGACGCUAAAUCUUCAAAGAAGCGGAAGGAGCAGGUAGCAACAUCACCGCCCGAAUGGAGAACCCACCUUCCCAAGACGUCGGAGUGGCAGGAAGCCAAAGGGAAGAAGGACAAGAGGAAGAAGCAGCCUACAGAGCAGCUUCCGCAGCAGAGGAAGCAUGCGGCAAGGCCUGACGCGCUGAUCAUCCGCCCAAAGGUCAAAGGGUCAUACUCUGAUAUCCUCAAGCGAAUGAAGCAGGACGCGACAGCCCGUGAGUCCCACCACUGCGUGGAUAAGAUCCGGAAGGCGGCUACGGGAGAUAUGUUGAUCAUCCUCUCGAAGGAGCACAGCGACAAAGCUCCCGGCCUGCAGAACGCCAUCACUGAACUCUUUGGAGAUGAUGCGGAGGUCCUCAGUAAGACACCGGAAGAAGAUGUCGAAAUUAAGGACCUCGAGGAGACAGCAACGAAGGAAGAAAUCCUCGAAGCUUUGCAGAAGGCCGGAGAAAGUUGCGGAAUUUCGCUAAAUGCGAUCAAGUCACUGCGAAAGGCAUACGGAGGUACCCAGACGGCCUGGGUGAGACUGCCAGUCGCGACGACGAAGAAAAUUGUCGGAGAAUACGGCAAGAUUAAGAUCGGGUGGGUAAACUGCCGGAUCAGAAGAGUGGAGAGACCCCUGAAGUGCUUCAAGUGCUGGGAUUUCGGGCAUCUUGCCAAUAAGUGCAAAAACUUGGUUGACCGCUCAAAAAACUGUAUCAAAUGCGGUGAGGGUGGUCAUCUGGUCGCAAAAUGCGAGAAACAUGCCAAAUGCGUCCUUUGCGUCGCAAAGGAUCGCAUGCACAACAGUGCUCAUAUUGCUGGCAGCGGUAAAUGCCCAGCAUACAAGGAGGCACUCCAGGCGUUGACUAAAAAUCGACGAUGA